AUGCCUCCGCGCUUGAGACAAGAAAGCAGGACACGCAACGCAAAGCAUGGUGGAAAUAUAUCCACCAUGAGUGUCACAGACGAGAGCCACACAGAAGGUCCCGGCGCGCCCUCCAAGGACGAAGGUGAGUGGAAAAAGAACCUCACCACCCGGGCAUUGCUUCGAGACACAUUGUCCCAGCUGAAGGUCGUUCGACGCACCUCUUCACAAAUACUGCAGGGCAGCAUGUCUACCAGACCAGGGUUAGGGGAUGACUCCCACGACACAAAGGAAGAGCCUGAGGAAAUGGCACUAAAAAAAGCAUUAGUUGUGCCUUUGAAGCUAAUGGAGAAAAUAAGCAUGGAUUACAAUAUUUUCAUGGAUGUUUCUGCAUUUUCACAAGCAUGA